AUGUUCGUGUUUCCUUCCCAAACCACGCCGCCCCGCGGAAACCCAUUCCUGCAAUCUGCCCCAACCGACCCCUUUGCGCCUCAGCACGAGGCCACCAUGGAGCUCCUGGAUCCCCUGAGCGAGAUAUCCAGCUAUGCCGCCACCUCUCGGCUUGUUCCAUCGGCUCCAGCAGCUUGUGUGAGCGCAAAUCACGGUGCGCCCCUGCCUUUGGACGAGAAGCGUCCGUGGAGCUCCCUUGAGUCUUCAAGCUCCGGAGAAUCUUCCCAACAAAGCUCGCCGCAGGCCUCGCCGGGGCAGGCCACCUCUGCCAUCAAACUCCUAAAAGCCACCACCGUCGGUGAAUUCCACUGCUCCAUCUGCUGCCGCAACUUCAUCUCUCGUUCCGCCCUGGAGAUUCACAACUUGUCCCACACCAAGGUCAAGCGCUUCGAGUGUGACAAAUGCGGCAAACGCUUUGCCCGACGCAGCCAUCUGAGCGUAAGUUUGCCGCGAAGAUCACACGAGACAAGAGACAGGAAAUCAAAGGGCCAAGAGGUGGAUUCGUCUACCCGUGCCAUACUCAAGCAGCACAUACACAAUAAGAUUCAUCUCAACAUCAAAGAUCAUGUUUGUCACAUCUGCGGCCGAGGCUUUGUUCAGUCUUCCAACCUUCGAUCGCACAUCCGCCGUCACACGGGUGAAAAGCCGUAUGAUUGUCACUUGUGUUCGCGAUCCUUUUCCGUAUCUUCAAGCCUCAAAGCCCAUCUCAAGUCCCAUGAGCGCCGCAGCAAGCGCAGCGUUACAAAAUGUGAAGACUGCCAUCUCAUGUUCAAAAACUCAGAUGAGUUUGUUCAGCACAAGGCUUUAUGCACGUCCGGUCAAAUCUCUCACCCAAAGCCUCAGAGCCACUCGCAUGGGGACGACCUUGAGCACGCCGACUCACCGAUGAGCGAAGCCGGAGCGCAAAACGUGCUGCCCAACAAGAAAGAGCCCCUGCUCAACCUGCCCUCGGCCAGCUUGAGUGAGGACCUUGCGGCUUCCAUCCAGUUUUCUGCCUUUGCCGACUCGGGUGUCGACACUGCCUCCAUGCUCAAAGGCAGCCCCUUCACUCAGCCAGACUGCUGGUACUUGGCCUUGACAUUCAUUCCCUAUUCGUCCACGGGAUGCAAGUUCUCAAAAAUUCAUUGUAGCCAAUUGGCACAGGAACAGGGCACUGGUUUUUUCUCUGCCGUGUGCUCCGAAGACACCUGUUUUCUCUCUGCCGUGUGA